AUGAAAGCGGUGCUCUAUACGGAUAAUGAAAGCACACCUCACUAUUGGUCACCUGACUUGGCGGAUACAUCCACCACAGCUUACAUCAGUCUGGCAACAUCGUUUUGUAGUUUGCUUUUACAAGGUUUGAAACUUGGAAAGCCAUCAUUCUCAGAGAAUGCAAAGUGUGUCAAUGUUCUCUUCAUACCGGUUGACUUGGUAAUCCGUCAGAAGCGACAGAUAAACACAAAUGUGAGCUUAGGCCAAAAUACAACACAAGGUGUCCAGGGAACAGCAGACCUACAGAUUGCAUCCCCUGAAGCCGCAGUGCUGAACUCAACAUCAGUUACACAAAUCAUCAGUUCUGGUAUCAGUCAACUAAACACAUCAUUUGGAGUGCAAUUGUCUAAUUUAGAAAUUAAUAGUAUCUCAUCUAAUAACACAACAGAAUCAUCGACCUCGCAAACCAGUACACAAACUCAAACCGAAGUAUUAAAUAAUACACAGGAAUCGACAAUAACAAUUACAUUCACUCAAACAAACAAUGGAUCAACAUUCUCAGCAAGUGAGUGA